CUCCUUCUUGAUGCCCCUCCUUCUCGAUGCCCCUCCUUCUCGAUGCCCCUCCUUCUCGAUGCCCCUCCUUCAUGAUGCCCCUCUGACGUAAUUCCAGGAACAACUGUGCCUCGUGGCGAAUGCAACAACACAACAGCCCUAUCAUGGGCAACAACCAGCAGCUCAUGCACCUGACUCUGACCAGCCACAACGAUGGAGAGCCAGUCAAAGGGCAUCACAGGGCGACAGGCUGGCAUACAUAAACAGACGUUUUUCUCCUCAACAAUUACCGUCACACUUCCACGCCAAACAAUCCGCCCCGUCUUCUGCAGCCCAUUCCCACCCGCCUGGGAGUUGCCCAGCCACCAUGCGUCAAAAUUGUGGGUGUACAGGUUGUUUCGCCGCAGCCUGCCUGAGCAACGCAUUCCUCGCGAACCCGCACAAGGCUAAGGAGUUCCUCCAGAACAUCGUGCUCCAAGGCGACCCGGCACAAGAGAAUAGCCCAGCCUCAGUCUUAGCUAGCAUCGCCGGCGCGUAUCUCGACAAGGAGGAGCUCGGAGAGGAGGGCUUGGAGGGUGAGAACCCCCUGCAACGCUUGGCCGGCUUGCUGGCAGAGCUGCUGCUUUGCAAGCACGGCGUCGCCGCCAACGACAGCACCCGGGACGGCGUCCGCGACCCCUCGACCAGCCGCGACGUGCACGUCAUUAACCGAGACGAGAUGUUCUCGCCGCUGAAUGGCGCUGUCUUAUUCAAGCUAUGUGUCGACUUCUCCGAGGCUAUCCUCAAUAAGAACCCGAUGACUCCGGUCGCCGAGCAGGAGAUCAAGGACGGUCGAGUCCCAUCCGGAGUCGUUAAGAUCCUAGUCAAAUACCCUGGACGUCACUAUUCCGUUGGAACAGGCAUCUUGAUUAAGGAUCGGGUGGUCGCAACAGUCGGCCAUCUCCUUGUUGGCGAAGGGGGCCCUGCUAUCGAAGUGAUUGUCCUGGCAGGCGUGGGCGGUCCCGCUGGCUGCAUUGAGCGCCGGGACGGCCACUACUUCGCCGCCCACCAAGCAUGGUACGACGAAGGCACGGCGCCCAACGAUUUGGCCUUUAUUCUCCUCUAUCAGCAGUUUGAUACCGUCCACCCUCUCGACUACAAGACGACGCCGGCUACGGAUAACACGUACGCGGUCAUCUACGGCUAUCCGGGCAAAUUCCCCAAACAUGCACAGGGCUCUCGGCUGGUCCAGAGCCAGUCCACCAUCCGCUUCGACCCGACUCAGCCCUGGCGGAUGGUAGAGCAUGAGGCCGAUACGAUGAAGGGCCACUCCGGCAGUCCCGUCAUUGACACCUCCGACGGAAAGGUUGUGGGCAUUCAUAGCCGCUGGACUUAUAAGAACGAGGACAAGAAGGAGCUGAUCCUCAUCUACAUCGGCAAGCAGCCCGAGGCUUACGCGAACAUGAGAGGAGUUGGAGUCACCAAAUUCGUGGUCAAGAAGGAGGCCCAAGACGUCAUGGUCAAGGUGGUCGGACUCGCAAAGGAGGUCAAGUGGCUCAGACUCCAAUGGUGAGCCUGGAAGAUGAGUGAGCACUGAUGCGACGGCCUCGUGACUAUAUUUUCUAGGACUUUGAAUGAGAUGGCUGCUGUAUUAACAGUUUCUAAUAUGCGAAUUGUUAAAUGAGACGAAGUCUUCAACUUUUGCUACGUUGAGAGCUAUGAUGACUGAAAAAAUUGAAAAUAACUAAUUGAAGUAUGAAGACAUGUUAUUUGAAUUCAGG